AUGAGCCUCCGCCUCCGGUGCUUCCCGUCCGACCUGUCUCCACCUAUUCAAUGCGUCUCUCACCUUCUCGGGCUUCCUCCAUCCUUUACCGUCCAGUCUCUAGCCGCCGUCGUCUGCCUUGUUCAAGGGAAAGGAGGGUCCGAGGCUCGAGCACAGAAGAGAUUGAAGCGGACUAGAAUUGGUGUGAGAGGUUUCACGAAACGCUUUGUGGUUUCGUGA